GAUGAAGAUAUGAGAAACUGAACGUAACUGAACCUCGUGUAAGCUUCUGCUAGAAUGUGCGUGAAAAUAAUUUACCAAAAAAACUAUGUUUUCUGUGCUUGUAUCCUCCGUCAGUCGUAGAAAUUCACUGGUGAAAUGCUCCAUAUUGUCGCAAACAAGUUUGCGGCUCCACAGGCAUUGUUUUCGACCGUGUCAACUGAAUAUUGGAAGUGAUACUCAACCAAGCUUUUUAGUCAGCUUUAAUUCAGUUAAGAAAUUGUAUACGACUCAGCAUGAUGGGCUCCAAUCAUAUUCAACGUCUAGCAGUUUACUCACAACUCAAGAUACCACUUCUAAAGCGUCGGAGAUUUUUCCUCUUCCACUGUCAGCAAUGAACAGUUUGAAUCAACGACUGUCUUCAAAACUUGGUGUUUCAUCUAUACUGAAAGAACAUUUAAAGAAAAGUAAAACUGGCUAUGUUUGUGAGUUAGAACUUACUUGGCCACAACCUCUUAAGUUUUCUGCAUUAGGAAAAAGAAAAGUGAAUGCCCGGACUCAAGCAAGUCUACAAGCUUUACUGUGGUUAUUUUCUCACAAUUUUAUUUAUGAAUCAGCCCAGCCAAAUCUUACAGAUCUUGCAGACAGUAAAAAUAAACUGUUUAUGUGCCUUGAUAAAUCUAUUGUGACUGAUAUAGAUGAAGUUCUAAAGGUUCAUUCAAAAGAGAUUGUUCCAAUACUCUCUGCACUUGAAUGCAACACAUUCUGUAUGGGUGACACUCAUCAGCAUGAACAUAUUCAUCCAACCUUAGGCAUUCCUUUCCCUACCUCUGAGGAAUUGGAAGAAUGGAAUAAGGUAUUACAGACAUCAGUUACUAGUAAUAAGAAAAACAAAGAACAGUUAGGGCCAGUUUUACCAAUUGAAAACUAUAGGAAAGAAAUUUUGGAAUCCAUUGCCGAAAGCCGAGUAACAAUUCUGAAGGGUGAAACUGGCUGUGGGAAAACAACUAAGGUACCACAAUUUAUAUUAGAGGAAGCAUUUGACUCCGGUAAAGGAGCAUAUUGCAACAUUGCUGUCAUUCAACCCCGCAGACUAACUACAGUAGAAACUGCAAAAUAUGUUGCAAAGGAGCGUGGGGAAAAUGUUGGUCAGUCUAUUGGAUAUAGUGUUAAAAUGGCAACAAUCCUACCCUCCGUAGUUGGAGGCACAAUCACUUUCUUGACUGGAAUGAAGUUUGCCCACAAAUUUACUGAUAAUCCUAUGCUUCAAGGUAUUUCACAUGUUGUACUUGAUGAAGUUCAUUUGCGUGAUAUAGGGACAGAUCUUGUGAUGACUUUGCUGAAGCAAGCCAUGAUGACUAAUAAAGAUCUCCGUGUCAUAAUCAUGAGUGCUACAGUGGACACAACUAUGUUUGAGUCGUAUUUCAAUUGCUUUGGAAAGGUGCAGAUUUGCACAGUGCCAGGCCGCACUUUUCCAGUAAAAAUGCAUUUUUUGGAUGAUCUUCCUACAAACCUAGUAGCUUAUCAAAAACAAAUAGAGAAAGAGAAUAGUGAUUUAAAGGUUAAUUUUGAACAGGUGAGGAGGAUUGUGUCAUGGAUUAAUUAUACCAAACCUGCUGGAGGAAUAUUAAUUUUUGUGAGCGGCUGGAAUGAAAUGUCUGAGCUUCAAAAAAUUUUAUCAAGGGAGGCAAAUAUGCUUAUUGUACCUGUACAUAGUAUGUUUCGGGAUUGCUCUGCAGCAUUUGAACCAGCACCUAAUGGCAAAAGAAAAGUUAUUUUGGCAACCAAUAUUGCAGAAACCAGCUUAACAUUCCCUGACAUUGUGUACGUAAUUGACUGUGGAAUUCACAAGAAACCUAAGAGAAAUGUGCUAUCUCCUGGUGGCUGGUCAUCUGUCAGGAUGAGUUCUGAGUGGGUUACAAAAGCCAAUGUACUACAGCGUAAAGGAAGAGCUGGAAGAGUACAACCUGGUGAAAGCUUCCAUCUUUUCACCAAAGAGAAGUUUUCUGAAAUGGAAAGCUAUGAGCUGCCCAGUAUUUUGACUGAAAGUCUGGAGUAUCUUGUUCUUAGUAUUAAGAUGGUGAAUCCUGAUAUCCAAGCAAAUAAAUUAUUGAAAGAAUUUCCCACCCCUCCCAGUGAAAGAGAUGUCAGGCAUGCCGUUCACACCCUCCAAACAGUGUCCUUACUUUCACAUCCCGAUGAGAAGCCAACUCCAUUAGCAUUGGCAGUAAUGCGAAUGAGUUCUUCUCUACCAUCAGCUUUAGCACUCAUCUAUAGUUCUAUUUUUAGGUGUUUUGACAAAACCCUGUCUAUAAUAGCUGCUGAAGAGACCCCACUAAUGUUAUCUUCACGACGCGAAGUGAGUGAAUCAAGAGCUACUCUUGAACGCUUGUUGAAAGAAUCAUACCAUGAGUCAAGUGACCACCUUGCAAAGAGUAAUGCAGUUAACGAUAUAAAGAAUAAUAAUACACCAUCUUUCAGACAAACUAGAGUUUUGAAAAGUUUUUUGGGAAAGCAAAUUAAGUCAAUGAGCCCUGCAUUAAAAUAUUCCACUCUUAAUGAAAACUGUAAUGAGCAGCUUGUGUUGUCAAUUAUUUUGAAGUCUUUUGGAUCCCUUCUGGUGAAAUCCCAUGGGAAAUCAAUGACAGUUUCCCUGCGAGAUAAGUCUGGUAUUACAGCAAUGGUCAAGUCUAGUAGUAUCAAUUCAAAAUUUGAAAACUUAGAGUCCCCUUUUCUCAUGUACUUGAAUGGCCAUGUUGUGAGAGGGAACCUAUUGUCCACUAAAGAUACAUCUGUCAUUUCCCCAUUGUCCGUCCUCUUAUUUUUACCAUUUUCUUUUAAAGCUGUGGAAGUUGAAUCUGACAGAAUUGAAGUCAAGGCUUGGCAUAAGAACUGGGUAGCUCUUAGUCUAGAAAAGGAGGAUUACCAUCGCAUCUUAGCUCUUAGAAGAGCUCUGAAAGAUUGUUUAGAUUAUUUCGUCAUAGCAGAAACUCUUAAUCAACCUGAUCAUAAUUAUGGAAUACUGUGUGACUUUAGGAGCCAACUUAUUCAGUGUGUUACCAAGAUGCUAACUGGUGGGCAGAGGCACACCAAUGCCAUCCCCAAAACUGAAGACUGAACUCUUACACUCUAAGUAGCAAGGGACAUUUUCUGUCCAAUGCAAGAUGCAUAAAAAAAUGAACAAAAAUUGUUUUUGUCAUUUAGAGACAAUACAUCUUUUUCUUGUACCUGUAUUAAUCUAUGCUAAAUAUAUAUGCCAAUUAUAUUCAUAAUCACUGAA